ACAGGAAGAGAAAAGUUGGGUUGAGACGUGAAUCUGUAGGCUCGAUUGUAUUCUGCAAAAUUAAGCGUGUUUAUUAUUGUUUUGAGCAAGUAAGUGAUAAUUUAGUGCGGCCGCAUGUUUUAUGAAAUAGUGAAAAACAGCAGUGUUUGAGAAACGUGCUAGCUAAUGUUGGAUUUUUUUCGGUUAGCUAGCUAGCAGCCCUGAGAGGAUUUACGUGGUGGCAUAUCGGACAGAAAUGCUAUAAUAUAGUCUGGUGACAGAACUCUGAACGACUCGCUUUACAGUCUGACAGCAUUUAUACUGGUGAACUUUCCAUAUCUUUAUAUUUACUGAAUUCCUCCCCAAGUGGAGCUUAUGGCCUGCUAACCUAGCUCAGUAGCUAGUGAAGUAAAAGAUAAGUUAGAUUAGACUAAAGACUAGUGACUUGGUUUGGUGCAUCUGAGAGGUUCCUAGUGUGGAAAUGGUUCAGAAAGAUAAACUAGUGGACCUGUCCCAGCCUGAGAGCGAACCAUGUCCAGCAGGUACAGAUGUCGGAGUGGUGGAUGUACAAAACCCUGUGGAUGAACACAGUGCAGUGACUGGCAGAACAGGCCGCAAACAAUUCAUCAGCGGAGUGGUGGAGGGCUUUUAUGGUCGGCCAUGGACAAUGGAACAAAGAAAAGAAUUAUUCAGGCGACAGCAGAAAUGGGGAUUGAACACAUAUCUUUAUGCACCUAAAGAUGACUGCAAACAUAGAAUGUUUUGGAGAGAGAUGUACUCUGUUGAGGAAGCAGAACAACUUAUGACACUGAUAAGCUCUGCAAAAGAGCAUGGAAUUGAGUUCAUUUAUGCUAUCUCCCCUGGCCUGGAUAUAACCUUCUCGAACCAGAAGGAGGUCUCCACGCUGAAAAGAAAGCUAGAUCAGGUCUCCCAUUUUGGAUGUAAAUCAUUUGCUCUACUUUUUGAUGACAUUGAUCACAACAUGUGCCCAGCUGACAAAGAAGUGUUCAGCUCAUUUGCACAUGCACAAGUUUCUAUCACCAAUGAGAUCUUCCAGUAUUUGGGUGAACCUGAAACCUUUUUGUUUUGCCCCACAGAGUACUGUGGAACAUUUUGUUACCCUAGUGUGUCCCAGUCGCCGUAUUUGCUUACAGUAGGUGAAAAGCUGCUGCCUGGAAUUGACAUUUUGUGGACUGGUCCAAAGGUUGUUUCCAAAGACAUAACAGUGGAGUCUAUUGAAGAGGUCAGUAAGAUCCUGAGAAGACCUCUGGUUAUUUGGGACAACAUUCAUGCUAAUGACUAUGAUCAGAAACGAUUGUUCCUGGGCCCUUACAAGGGCAGGUCUACAGAACUCGUCCCUCGGCUAAAAGGAGUUCUCACCAACCCCAACUGUGAAUUUGAGACCAACUUUGUGGCCAUCCAUACAUUAGCAACAUGGUAUAAAUCAAACAUGAAUGGAGUGAGAAAGGAUGUUGUUAUGACGGACAGUGAAGACAGUACAGUGUCCAUUCAGAUCAAGUUGGAGAAUGAGGGAAGUGAUGAGGAACUUGAGACGGACAUCUUGUACAGUCCACAGAUAGCCCUCAGGAUGGCUCUAACUGAGUGGCUUAGCGAGUUUGGAGUGCCUCAUCAGUACAACAGCCGUCAGGGAGCUCAUAGUAGCGUGAAGAGUACGUCCACUGAUGUUACCUCACUGCCUACUUUGGGAUCCUCAACUACAGUCACGACAGUUUUCCAACAACCUAUCAUGAGCCCUACUAUGCCUCUUGAUGAUGAACUGCACACACUGCACAAAGAAGAGGAUGAGGUGGAAGUUGAGAUUGAGAAAAAGGAUUCAGAUGAGGAACCCAUGGAGAUGGUACUGGAGAAACAAGAUGAGGUAGAGGAUGCCAAAAAUGCCAACCAAAUCCUUUCAAAAAUGGUGAAAGCCACAGUGGCUGAGGACCUUAAACCUAUGGACACAGAUAAGGAGAGCUCAUCAAAGACUCCUGAAAUGUCUGUUCAAGAAGAUCCUGCUGAUGUUGCACCUAUGCAAACUGAUGAGCAGCUCAAUAAAGAAGUGUAUAUUCCAAAAUCAAAUGAGAAUCCACUGUACACAGCAGAGCCACUUACACUAGACGACCUGACUCUCCUGGCCGAACUCUUCUACUUGCCUUACGAACAUGGUCCUAAGGCAGUGCAGAUGCUUAAAGAGUUCAACUGGCUCCGGGCCAACAGCAGCAUUGUCAGUGUUAACUCAAAAAGCGAAGAUACAGAAAAGGUGGCAGAAUGGAAUGCCCGGGCAGAAAACUUUGAGGAGAUGUGUUCAGCUGUCAUGCAGAUGUUCACCAGACUCUCCAACUCAGCCAACAGAACUAUUCUGUAUGACCUGUAUUCCUAUAUCUGGGAUAUAAAGAGUAUCAUCUCUAUGGUGAAGUCAUUUGUCCAGUGGUUAGGGUGUCGUAGUCAAUCCUCAGCACAGUUCUUAAGUGGAGAUCAAGAGCCCUGGGCCUUUAGGGGCGGUCUAGCGGGAGAGUUCCAGCGACUGUUGCCAAUAGAUGGGGCAAACGAUCUCUUCUACCAGCCACCACCCACAAUGCCAACUUCAAAAAUCUAUUCCAUUAGGCCUUACUUUCCCAAAGAUGAGCAUGCUGUCUACAAGAUUUGCAGGGAAAUAUACACAGAGGCAUGUGAUGACAUUCAAUUUUCUGAGCAGGAACCAGACCUGAUUGGGGACAGGUUAGUGGGAGGGUUUCUGACGCUCAGCCCAGACUAUGGCUUUGUCCUGGAGGAUGAAGAAGGAAUUUGUGGUUAUGCCCUUGGCACUGUGGAUGUCAAGCCCUUUGUAAACAAAUGUAAGUUGAGCUGGAUUCCGUUCAUGCAAGAGAAGUAUAACAAACCUGACUUGGAUAAGGAUCUGUCCGAAGCUGAGAAAAUGAUGCUAAGCUUUCAUGAGGAGGAGGAGGAAGGUUUGCCAGAUACAUUUCUCAGAAAUUUCCCCUCACUCAUAAAGGUGGACAUUCAUGCCAAAGUCACUGAUCCCAGUGUAGCCAAAAGCAUGAUGGGUUGCCUCCUCUCAUCGCUGAAGGCCAACGGUUCCAACGGUGCAUUUUGUGAGGUUCGACCAAUCGACAAACAGAUGUUGGAUUUUUAUAGCAAACUUGGCUGCUUUGAAGUAGCCAAAAUGGAAGGUUUUCCUAAAGAUGUUAUCAUAAUGGGAAGAAGCUUGUAAAAGAGCACAGGUUGGAGGACUCUUACCUUCGGAAGGACUUGUACAAAGCUAUAGUGGUCUGCAUGGAAGAAUCAGUGUGUCUCGCUACCUGUUUAAAGUAACUGACACAUUUGUACUUUUGUUGCAGUCGAGGCAGGCUGUAAAUACAUUGAAUUUCUUUACAGUGUGCUCUUCAGUAACUGUUGAAGGUAUUUGCAUAUUUAACGUGCUUUUCUUAGUCAUGUGCUUUGCGUACAUGCAUGUGAGAGGCAAAAGUGAGGAAAAAGCAUUGGAUGUGGAUGUAUGUGAGAGAGCGAGAGGGUGAGAAUAAGAGAGAAUAAGAAGGAAAAAAGCUUGUGUGUGCAAGUGUUGACAUUUUGAGACCCAUCUCUGGUCUUAAGCCAGGUGCUAUUUAACACUGCACUUGUGGAUUGUUAACAGUCAGCAUGCAUUUACUAGAUUCCGGAAGUGCAUUUAGGCUCAUUACCAUUAGCAGGUUAAAGCUACUGCUACUAAGUGGGAGGAUUACAUUUUCACAUCAGGCAACUGCCUUUUUUCAUUUGUGCGGUAACAUCUGGCUACUGCUUUUUCAUUUGUGCGGUAACAUCUGGCUACUGCUUUUUCAUUUGUGCGGUAACAUCUGGCUACUGCUUUUUCAUUUGUGCGGUAACAUCUGGCUACUGCUUUUUCAUUUGUGCGGUAACAUCUGGCUACUGCUUUUUCAUUUGUGCAGUAACAAUUAACAUCAGGCUACUGCUUUUUCAUUUGUACAAUUACAAGUAUUUAGUAUUAUUACACAUUUUACCUUUGAAUAUAGUGUUCUAAGGAGUUCCUUGUGAUGUUUCUUAAAGGAUUUCAAGAAAUGUGUAACUUGACAACUGAAAACAGAACAGACAGAAAUUACAUGCCAACAGCCAAUAGUAGAGACUGCUGUCCUUAACUGCAUGGACAAUAUGUUUUUGCACAUUCUUUAGGCAUGUGGGUCUUGAUAAUACAUUUGUGUUUUAUACAGUGGUGCAUUCAACUCUGUUGCGGUUCAUACUUGACAGCAGAGGUUAAACCACCCUUCCCACUCUGGCCUAUAGUUUGUUGGCUGAUUGAGGCCCACAGCACAUUAAGGUGCAUCCUGCAUUUCUAUACUAUAGGUCUGUUAUUUCUAUUAAUGAUUGUAAGCAGACCAUGUGACUUAGUUGUGAUUUCAGUUGCAGUCUAGAUUACAAGAUAUCUUAUCUUAAAAAUACUGUUGUAAAAUACUUUCCUAAAAGGUUUUUGACUCAUCUGAAAUUUCUAUAUACAAGAUUGAGCCCUGUCAGUAAUAAUCCAUGCCUUUAGUUUUGUAAAGACUGAAUAUGGUGCAAGAGCAUUGUAAUGGCUGGAAUAAAGGCUUUAACUUAAAAUCAGAAAAUCAAAGCACAUCUUUAAUUUGCCGGAUGCUUUGUCUUUAAAGUUCAAUUUGUAACACAAACCUCUUUUUGCAAAUGGAAGGGUUAUUGGUGCAGUGAUGCAUUUAAACUAGACUGAACCUUUACUUAGAUAGUAUUUUUUUUUCUCUUAUUGGUUUAUAUUAGUUGCUUGUUUGGGUUUUUUCCCCUUUACAAUGUAAAUAGCAUCAGUUCCAUAUACUUGGUAAUCUGCCUAAAGCAAAGAUAUAGUCCUAACAUAAUAAGUCAAUUUUGAGUGUUUGAUUUUUGCUCCCAUAUUUCCUUCCCCCUCAAUGACUUUCAGAAUGAGAAGAAUUCAAAUAGUUUGAUGGGCCCAUUACCAUACUUUCGUUAUUUUUUGGAAGUUGACAUUUAAGUAGAAAGGACUUCAUUUUUGAAGGAUCUAUUACAUUUAAGAAGAUUUAGUACUUCGAGUUGUAAUUAUGAAUAUGUAUGUAAUAUAGUUUCUGUAAGGUUUGUAUGUAAUUAAGAUUGUUCAAUACAAUAAACAUAAAAAAAUUGGUGGAAGUGACUGAA